ACUGUGUGCUUCGUGUCCAAUCACUCUUGAGAAAUAGCUCUUGCCCGAACAAACCCAGCUGUGAAUAUGUGCGACACCGGAGAAGAGACAUCUUCAAUGCUUAUCAAGGAUCUCCUCCGUCAAGCAGGCGGCGCCGCCGUAAUCGAUGGGGGCCUUGCUACCGAGCUUGAACGACAUGGUGCUGACCUGAACGAUCCUUUAUGGAGCGCUAAGUGUCUCCUAACUUCCGCUCACCUCAUCCGCACGGUACAUCUUGACUACCUUGAAGCAGGUGCAGAUAUUAUAAUUUCAGCAUCUUAUCAGGCCACCAUUCAGGGGUUUGAAGCAAGAGGCUACUCUAGGGAAGCAGGUGAAGCUUUACUAAAAAGAAGUGUGGAAAUUGCCUCUGAGGCACGGGCUAUAUAUUAUGAGAGAUGUAUUGAAGCUUCUGGUACAUGCUCUGGGGGUGAAAAGGUUCUCAAACACCGCCCCAUUUUAGUUGCAGCUUCUGUCGGCAGCUACGGGGCUUAUUUGGCUGAUGGAUCUGAAUAUAGUGGGAUCUAUGGUAAAACCAUCACACUUGAAACUUUGAAAGAUUUCCAUCGGAGAAGAGUUCAGAUCCUGGCUGAAUCAGGUGCUGAUUUAAUUGCAUUUGAGACAAUUCCGAACAAGCUCGAAGCUCAGGCUUAUGCAGAGCUCUUAGAAGAGGAAGACAUAAAGAUUCCUGCUUGGUUUUCCUUUAAUUCGAAGGAUGGUGUAAAUGUGGUUAGUGGCGACUCUUUGACCAAGUGUGCCUCGAUAGCUGAAUCAUGCAAUAAAGUAGUUGCCGUUGGAAUCAAUUGCACUCCACCUAGAUUUAUUCAUGGUCUACUUUUAGCUCUGAAGAAGGUGACUACCAAACCAAUACUUAUAUAUCCAAACAGUGGGGAGAGCUAUGAUCCUGAUCAAAAGAAGUGGGUGCAAAAUACUGGAGUUACAGAUAAAGAUUUUGUGUCAUAUGUAGAUGUAUGGUGUGACGUUGGGGCGUCUCUAGUCGGAGGUUGUUGCAGAACAACUCCGGAUACUAUAAGAGCUAUUUACAGAACUCUUUCUAGCAGAUGCAGAUCUGUUCUGCCCUCGUGAUCAUCGUCCUUGUUCUGCUGUGGAUAGAGCACUAAAGUUAUAGAUACAGCAAAGUUGCCAGAGAGCUUGUAGGGUUCGUUCUUCUAUACCUCCUCUGUAGAAGGAAGAGAAGUCCCAUGCAAACUGUUGCAAGAGCUGUGGCUAAACUCUCUAAUGUGGCGAACAAGAUAUGGGAAAUGAAACAUUAUAAUCUUUUUUUGCCAUUAAAACAGUGCUGCCACAAGAACAAUAUGAAAGUGUUAUCCUGUUCAAUAAAAUCUGUUGUUCUGUGUUGUUA